UGCGGCGAUGUCGUCACAAAACCCAGGCUUGACAAGCACUACGCUCAAUGCCAGAUGUCUGUCAACUGCCUCGACUGCAGCAAGACCUUCCACGGGCCGGGCGAGUACAAGUCCCACACGUCGUGCGUGAGCGAGGCGGAGAAGUACCAAAAGGGCCUGUACAAGGGUCCCAAAGAUGUGCGUGCUUGUCCCUGCAGUCCGAUGUCUCUCUAA